AUAUCUUGUUUGAACCUUGGAUGAUGUUUGAAAUUCUGAAAAGAAUAUAUUUUUUGGGCAAAAGAUACCGAUUUUGGUCUCAGGUUUCAAUUUCAUUCCUUAAUUAAAUUUUACAUAUAAAUUAAUUUCUCUGCAUUACAGGUCUCCAACAUUUGAUAUUUCGAUUCUCUUGUUGGUUUGGGUUUUCCUCACCCCAAGAAUGAAUCUGAUUACAGAACUGGAGACAAAAAAAUUGCCUCUGAUACGCAUACUUUUCUCCUUAAGAUAGUGAUGGAAAAAAUUGGACAAUUUUCACAGAAAUUGUAUAAAUCAAUAACCCUCUAUUAUUUUUCUGAGAUUGUUUUCCCUGAGUUCCUGCCCUUCUUUGUUUUGAAAGGUCAUUUGCUGGAAUUUUUGUGCCUACUCCUGCUUCUGAAAUAAUGUAAUGAAAUAGGUUGUCCUUUGGUGGUCGAAAUUGUUACAAUGUAUUUGGAUCAGGAAUAAGGUACAGUUUCAAAGUUUUGAAGGGAUUCAUGUUGGUGUAGAGCCCAAUCUGAGAAUUCCAGGGUCUCUAUCCUUGAUCGAUAAAUAUGUUUUCAAGCCUAUGUUGCUGCAACCUGAAGUGAUUUACAUGCAGGGUUAUAUGGUAGGAAAUGUUGUUACAGAUGAAGAUUAUGGUGGCAAUGCAUUGGUUCCAUUUGCUCAUGGGAUGGGCCUAAUCUCAAAUGAUAUCUGAGACCAGACUGGAAGGAGGAGCUUGUGAUGGUCAAACUUUCGUAUCUCAUUGCAAGCUAGCGCCAAAGUUUGAAACUUCAGAACGUCACAGUUCAGGCUCAUAGUAGAGGGGAGACAGUAGCAGAGGAAGACAAUGGCUCUAGCUUCAACAUUUUACCCAAACACUAUUCACACGCAUAAUAACAACACUCUCUCAUUGCGUACCACACGCUAUUAUGGUUCGACCUCGAAUUCGAUCUUGUUUGGCUCAGAACUUCUCCCAAGAUCCUUUUUCUUGUCCGCGGCAAAACCACACACCUAUCGAUUAUCUGAAAUCAGACCCAUCUCUGCAUCUCACGAAACUUUUGAUGUUGUGGUAAUCGGAGCUGGAAUCAUCGGGUUGACUAUCGCCCGCCAGUUGCUGAUCGAGUCGGACCUAUCGGUCGCCGUAGUUGAUAAGGCCGUUCCUUGUUCCGGUGCAACUGGCGCAGGGCAGGGAUAUCUGUGGAUGGUGCCCAAAACACCAGGGAGUGGAAAGUGGGAUCUUGCACUGAGAAGCUACAGACUGUGGAAUGUGUUGGCAGAAAGCCUACAGAAGCAAGGCUUGAAUCCUUUGGAGGAAUUAGGUUGGAAAAAGACUGGAAGCCUCUUAGUUGGCAGAACUCAGGCAGAGUCAGAUAUGGUGAAAAAGAGGGUUAAACAGCUCACUGAGGCUGGAUUGAAAGCAGAGUAUUUGUGUAGCAGUGAUCUAUUCAACAGGGAACCUGCUCUGUUGGUGGAUGAAGACAGUGCAGCCGCCUUUCUACCUGAUGACUGUCAAUUGGAUGCUCAUCGUACUGUUGCAUAUAUUGAGAAGGCUAACAAGCAUUUUGCAUUAAAAGGACGAUAUGCAGAGUUCUACAAUGAGCCUGUGAAAUGCUUAAUCAGAGGGGCCAGCAAAGGAGAGGUGGAAGCUGUCGAGACUAUCAAAAGGACAUUGUAUAGCAAGAAGGCUAUUAUAGUUGCGACUGGAUGUUGGACUGGUUCUGUGAUGCAUGAUUUGGUUAGAAACUGGGGAAUGCAGUUAAAUAUUCCUGUAAGGCCCAGAAAGGGUCACUUGCUUGUGCUAGAGAAUUUCCAUUCCCUACAAUUGAAUCAUGGUCUGAUGGAGGCAGGUUACGUUGAUCAUCAAACUGCAUCUUCACCACCUAUGGUUUCAGGGUUGGAAGGAUAUGAUCAUGGGCGAACCUUAUCUGUUUCAAUGACGGCAACUGUUGAUGCAAUGGGGAAUGUUCUUUUGGGAAGUAGCCGAGAAUUUGUUGGGUUCAGCACUGAUUUGGAUGAGUCUAUUGUCAAUCACAUAUGGAAACGAGCUGGAGAUUUCUUUCCCACAUUAAAAACACUUUCCCUUUCAGAUCUCAGUGCAAGUAGAAAUGUCAGAGUUGGAUUACGACCCUACAUGCCUGACGGGAAGCCAGUGAUUGGGCCUGUGCCUGGCUUGUCUAACUUGUUCCUUGCUGCUGGGCAUGAAGGGGAAGGGCUUUCGAUGGCCUUAGGGACUGCUGAAAUGGUCACUGAUAUGGUGUUGGGUCGUCCUACAAAAGUUGAUGAUGGACCUUUUUGUGUGCAUCGGUGCUGUUGAUGAAAUGCAUGCUGCUAAGAAGAAUUGUUAUUCUUGCAUUUGAAAAAGAUCUUGGUUAUGCUUUAGCAUCAUCAAGACAUGGGGUCAUCUUGUAACUUCCUGAAAUGACUGAUUUUUAGGUAUGAUGAUAUUAUGUUGUAAUAAAUAAAA